UGGGUCGCACAAGGAGCUGCAUACAAAAAGACGUCGUCCUCCAUGUGGUGGUUUGAUCUCAGCAGCUGAGGGAUACCUUUGCUGGACUGUGUUUGCAAGAGACUCCACAACAGAGGUUGUAUUCCUCGCUGAUCGUUUCCCAUCCGACCCGCAGUCGUCCACCAUUGCUUCAGAGAUGCAGUGUGAGGAGCUGUCAGCCAGAGACGAGUUCACCUACAGCCACAUGCCCACUCUGGAGAGAGGCGGCAGCUCGCUGGGACGGCGUGGAGACAGGGGAUUGGAGAGAAGGCCAGACAGGGGGGAGCGGGACAGACCCGAGCGGGAUAGCUACACGGUGGACGUGAGGGCCAGUGACCUGCAGCUGGCCCAGCCGGAGCCUCUAAAGCACCCCUGCUUCAGCUACAGGGCCUGGCUCUACAGUGUCCUCAUAGGGGGCAGUCUGCUCAUCACAUCUGGUUUCUCCCUGUACCUGGGAAACGUGUUUCCUGUUGCCAUGGACUACCUGCGCUGUGCUGCGGGCUCUGGCCUCCCUGCAGCCAUAGCUAGUUUUGCCAUCGCCAAGAACAGACAUGUUGCAGUGUCAGAUUUCCAGGUGGUCUAUGUGUCAACAUUUGCUGUAACAACCACCUGCCUGGUUUGGUUUGGCUGUAAACUGGUCCUGAACCCCUCUGCUGUCAAUAUCAACUUUAACCUCAUCUUGAUGAUUGUGCUGGAGGUGUUGAUGGCCAGUACUGUCAUCCUGUCAGCCCGCUCUGCAGAGGACUGCUGCUGCCACAGGAAGUCGGUGACAUACGACAGACCUGUGGUUAUAACGCCUGCAGUGUUCCCCACUCGACUCCUCAAAGCAUAUUCUGUGAUCGAAGUGAUUGUGGGAAUCUCAGCUGUGUUUGGAGGCAUCAUUGCCCUCAACAUGGACGCUUUGCUGCCAGGUCCCUACUUAUCUGUCACAUUUUUCUGGAUCCUUGUCGCUUGUUUCCCAAGUGCUAUUGCAAGCCAUGUUGUAUCAGAAUAUCCCAACAAAUGCCUGGUGGAGGUGCUGAUCGCCAUCAGCAGCGUGACGUCACCCCUGCUCUUUUCAGCCUCGGGCUUCCUCUCUUCCAGUGUGAUCAGCUUCAUUGAAAUUUUUCUGCAUGAUGUGCCCACAGCAAAGCAAUCCUAUGACAUCCUGCUGCUGAUUCUCAUGGUGCUGCUGCUGGUGCAGGCAGUUCUGACUUCAGCCACUGUGGUGCACUGUGCCUCCUACAAGAGUCAGCUCCGCAUGGGGGCUCCAGAGUGCGGAGAGAGCAUGCCCAUGCUGACCCAUUACUGUGAGCAAGCGUCCAGUGGAGCGCAGGAUUUUGACAAAGACAGAGCUUGGAAGGCAGUCGUGGUCCAAAUGGCCCCGUGAACAGUCCCACUGUACAUGGAGAGGUUUGGAAGAGAAGUGUAAACACAACAAACUGUGUAAGCUGUAAGCACAGAACAAUCCCGACAGAGCGUUAUAGAAGAAAGAAGGGAGAUGUGUAAAGAUGUUGACAGAGGAAAGAGGAGAAGAAUGGAAAUAUUAGAAUGAAAUCAGAAAAGGAUAAAAAAAACAGUUUUUAUGUUUUUAAUUAUUGUUAUUAUUAUGAUUUUUUUUGUAUUCUGUGUUUUUAUGGUUGUUGCCUGUUAGUGAGAAGUGUCAUUGUGAACCUUCAUCUGUUUAAUAAGCACAAGUCCCUUUAAACUGACAUAAUAUAGACACAAUCAACAAAUUCUUUUUAUCUUCAGUAACAUAAACCUGUUUGAACCUAAAUGCUUUUAAUUUUCAUGUUUUACAUGUUUUACUUUGUUAUACUGUGAAUACCUGAAUUAAUUCUCCUUUUAAUGGAUGCAGCACAAUAUAACGAAUAUCAAGGUUGAACAAUUAGAUGAAAAAGUAAGUCUUUAUGUGUAAGAACAUAACAUCCAACACAUGCAUGUUCAUAUGUCUUUUUAAUAUAAUUUUCUAUCCAUUCAAAGACUCCCUACUUACUUUUACUUUGUGGACUACUCCUGGUAUGGACACUUUUGGUUGUUUGACCUUUAUCUGUGUUUCAUUCUGUGUUUCCUGUUUUAUUUUGUAAGUCUGAUCUUCCUCGUGUUUCAGUUCAGCUUACUUCCUGCCUUGAUAUGUUUCACCUGUUUGUCCUGUGCCACCUGUCUCCAGUUUGUCAUCAGCUCAGUUUGUAUUUGAGUCAAGUCCUCAGUUCUGUCUUUGUUCACUCGUCUGUGUAGUGAAGGUCGUAGCAGCUCCCGGCCUUGUUUUCCUUUCAUGGACUGUUUGACUUUCGCCUUUUGUUUCUCUCUGGGUCUGUUACUUGUGUUUGAGCUUUUUUGGAAUAAAUUCUGUUUUUUGACUUGGAUCUUCCUCGCUCCUACAUUUUGGGUUGUUUAUCACCUGCCUCUGGCUCACUUUAUUUUGAGGUAUCAACCUGUCAGUGUGUGUCAAAAUAUUUGCUUUUCUACGU